GCCGAAUCAUGGAGCUAAAAUCAUCGCGAAUGGCUAUUUGGAUUCUAUGUUCUAUAAUACUGGUACUAAGAGACACUAGAGCGGCUUGCCCUAAAGGUAAUGACAACAAGCCAAACAAGGGAAGGUCAUUAAAACCUAAUAACUGUAGCUCAUCUAUACUCGACGAUGUCAUUAAAGAUUACUUACAAUCUUCUGUUAUGACUCUCAUAAUUCCGGCUGUAUACACCUUGGUGUUGGUCUUAGGACUUCCAGCAAAUUUCAUAGCCCUCUGGGUGCUUGGAUUCAAGACCAAGAAGGUGCCGUCUACCUUUCUGCUAAUUAACCUGGCCGCUGCUGACUUGCUGUUUCUGUUAGCACUUCCUUUUAAAAUAACAUAUCACUAUUUCGGCAACAACUGGAUUUUUGGUGAAAAACCCUGUGGGGCUGUCACAGCAAUCUUCUAUGGCAAUAUGUAUGCUUCUGUAUUAUUCCUUAUGGCCAUCAGCAUUGACCGCUACAUCGCUCUGGUCCAUCCUUUUUCAAAUAAACGCUUAAGAGGGUGGGGAUCUUCAAUUGGUGUUUCUGUUGGAAUUUGGAUUGUGGUGGCAGCGGGAAUGUCUGCCUUUCUCAUUGUUCCUCAAACUAAAACAUUUAAAACACCAAAUAUCACCACAUGCCAUGAUAUCUGGGCUUUCUGCUGCGAAUUUGAAUGGUAUAAAUAUUAUUUCCUUGGACUUUUUACAAUAGGAUUUGCCAUUCCAUUGGCUGUCAUUUUGUUCUGUAACGUGCCAGUUCUGGUAGUGAUAGCAAAGAGUAGAGAACCUCCUAGACAUGUAAUAAAAAUAAUCACCUUGGUACUUUUCACAUUCAUCCUCUUCUUCACUCCGAGCAACAUUCUGCUUUUGCUUCAUUACCAGAAGGACCAAUGGGAAUCCCACAACCAACUCUAUUUUUGGUACGUGAUUGCUUUAUCCUUGUCCUCUAUGAACAGCUGUACUGAUCCUCUCAUUUACUACUACAUGUCAGGAGACUUCCGGACUCUGGUGAAGGCGACAUUUUGCAGUAGUAAAGGAAAAGACAUUAGUUCUGCGAGUACCAAAAGUUCUAAACUUUAUUUCUCUUCAGAUAACAAACAUUCAAAAAGAAUGGAUCCUUAGAAGGCACAAGAUGAACUCACAUCUGAUCAAGCUGACUAAUUACCAAUCACCUCUGGAUUACAAAUGACCUAUUAGCAGCUAAUAAUUAUGCAAUAAUAAAGCAAAUGGACUGUUUUUUUUAAGGGAGGGGUUGGGUAUUUUUCUUAAACAAGUUACUGUAAUAUAAAACUGUAAUAUAUUCCCAUUCCUAAAAUUCAGUAAAACAUAGUGGGCUUAAUGUAAAAAUAAUGAAAUGCACUUCAAAAGCCACAAACUGUGUUUUAACAAAUUAAAAUACAGGUAUCGGACCCCUUAUCCAGAAACUCAUUAUCCAGAAAGUUCUGAAAAAUGGUUUACCUUGUACUUGAUCCCAUCUAAGAUAUAGUUAAUCCGUAUUGGAGCCAAAACAAUCCUAUUGGGUUUAAUUACUGUUUAAAUAUUUUUUUUUAGCAGAUUUAAGGUAGGAGAUCUGAAUUACGGAAAGACCCCUUAUCCAGCAUACCCCAGGUCCCACACAUUUUGUAUAAUGGGUCCCAUACCUGUACAAGUAAGACAAAUAGGGGAUUAUUUCUCAAAAUUGGUAUUUGUGCAAUUUUUGCACAAAUGCUGAUAAUUAUUCCCCAUACUAUACAUGUAUAUGUCUAAUGGUAUGCGAUCCCAAGACAGUUUACUCUACCAUUACAUACUGUGCAAUCUUUAUACUCUUCAUAGACAUAUUUGCAAGGUAAGUACAGAUGGAGCAGCUGUUGAUGUGCUUUUCCUUCAGCAAGUUGCAAUAGGGCAAACUGUUUCAUCAGUAGUGUUCAUCGGCAGCAUGUUCAGCCAUGUUGAUCCAAAAUGUACCAUUUAACCUGCUUAAUGUAUUUGUUCAGAUUAAUAAUAUAUACGCUGGGGGGGAAGUCACUUUGGAGGGGUUGAACUUGAUGGGCAAUAUUUUAUUUUUUUCAAACCAAACUAUCUGUGUAAUUGUUCAACUAAAACGAGCACAACUCUUAAAGACCGUAUUAAUGGUCACGCACAAGUGAUUUUUAGUUGAUUAUUAAUUGUGUCCUUGUAUAAUAAUAAAGAUGAAAUGAUAUGCAGAACCAAUAAAGUGACAGUAUACAAAUGUAA